GGUCCCCGAGGAUUGCAGGGCCCUCCUGGGCCUCCUGGCCGGGAAGGCAAGGCAGGCCGAGCUGGAGCAGAUGGAGCUCGGGGUCUCCCGGGAGACACAGGACCUAAGGGUGACCGGGGCUUUGAUGGCCUGCCAGGGCUGCCUGGUGAGAAGGGCCAGAGGGGUGACUUUGGACGUGUAGGGCAACCUGGUCCUCCAGGAGAGGAUGGUGAAAAGGGCCUGCAGGGACCUCCAGGGCCCACUGGCCAGGCUGGAGAGCCAGGUCCCCGAGGUCUGAUUGGCCCCAGAGGCCUCCCUGGCCCCCUGGGACGCCCGGGUGUGACUGGGAGUGACGGAGCACCAGGUGCCAAAGGCAACGUGGGUCCUCCUGGAGAACCGGGUCCCCCAGGGCAGCAAGGAAACCACGGCUCCCAGGGAAUUCCAGGCCCUCAGGGUCCCAUUGGCGCUCCCGGGCAAAAGGGUCCUCCCGGAAACCCCGGAAUUCCAGGUGUCCCAGGAGCUGAGGGCCCCCCGGGUCACCCAGGCCACGAGGGUCCCACAGGAGAGAAAGGGGCACAGGGUCCACCAGGGUCAGCAGGCCCGCAGGGCUAUCCUGGACCUCGGGGUGUGAAGGGCACUUCUGGUAACCGGGGUCUCCAAGGAGAGAAAGGAGAAAGGGGAGAGGAUGGCUUUCCUGGUUUCAAGGGUGAUGGCGGACCAAAAGGCGACCGGGGAAACCCGGGACUCCCAGGACCCAGAGGAGAGGAUGGUCCAGAAGGACAAAAGGGGCCUGAGGGACUGCCUGGCGAUGAGGGUCCCCCAGGAGCAGCAGGGGAGAAGGGCAAGCUUGGGGUGCCAGGUGUUCCGGGUUACCCAGGACGCCCAGGACCCAAGGGAUCUGUUGGAUUUCCUGGACCCUUAGGACCACUGGGAGAGAAGGGCAAAAGGGGCAAAGCAGGGCAGCCGGGGGAGGAAGGAGAGCGUGGCACACCGGGCCCCCGUGGAGACAGAGGACAGCCAGGGGCCACUGGCCAGCCUGGCCCCAAGGGUGACGUGGGCCAGAGCGGCUCUCCUGGGGCCCCUGGAGAAAAGGGUCUCCCUGGUCUGCAAGGUCCCCCAGGAUUCCCUGGACCAAAGGGCCCCCCAGGUCCUCAGGGGAAAGACGGGAUACCUGGCCACCCUGGGCAAAGAGGAGAAUUGGGCUUCCAAGGUCAGACAGGCCCUCCUGGACCAGCUGGUGUCCUUGGUCCUCAGGGAAAGGUGGGGGACGUGGGGCCUCUAGGCGAGAGGGGGCCCCCAGGGCCCCCUGGACCUCCUGGUGAACAAGGUCUGCCAGGCACAGAAGGCAGAGAAGGGGCCAAGGGUGAACUAGGACCCCUGGGAGCCCCCGGGAAGGAGGGGCCACCUGGGCCCAUGGGCUUCCCUGGCUCCCAAGGAGCCCCCGGAGACCCAGGACCCAUCGGUUUGAAGGGUGACAAGGGGCCCCCUGGGCCUGUUGGAGCAAAUGGCUCUCCGGGUGAGCGUGGUCCUGUGGGCCCCUCUGGUGGCAUUGGGCUUCCUGGCCAGAGUGGUGGGCAAGGCCCUAUUGGUCCUGCUGGCGAGAAGGGUUCCCCGGGAGAACGGGGUGCUCCUGGUCCCACUGGCAAAGAUGGUAUUCCAGGGCCUCCGGGGCUUCAGGGGCCCCCAGGAGCUGCGGGGCCUUCUGGUGAGGAAGGGGACAAGGGGGAAGUAGGGAUGCCUGGCCACAAGGGAAACAAGGGAGACAAAGGAGAUGCGGGACCUCCUGGACCAACAGGGAUAAGGGGUCCAGCAGGCCACCCAGGCCCUCCGGGUGCUGAUGGGGCUCAGGGUCGCCGGGGACCCCCUGGCCUCUUUGGGCAGAAGGGAGAUGAUGGAGUCCGAGGUUUUGUAGGUGUAAUUGGUCCUCCAGGCCUGCAGGGGCUGCCGGGCCCUCCGGGGGAAAAGGGAGAGGUCGGAGAUGUGGGAUCCAUGGGUCCCCAUGGAGCACCAGGCCCUCGGGGUCCCCCUGGGCCCAGUGGAUCAGAGGGCCCCCCAGGGCUGCCUGGGGGAAUAGGACAGCCUGGCGCUGUGGGCGAGAAGGGUGAGCCAGGGGAUGCUGGAGACGCAGGACCCCCAGGAAUUCCCGGCAUCCCUGGGCCCAAAGGCGAAAUUGGCGAAAAAGGGGAUUCAGGUCCAUCAGGGGCUGCUGGACCUCCAGGCAAGAAGGGACCCCCUGGAGAGGACGGAGCUAAGGGGAACAUGGGUCCCACAGGACUCCCUGGCGACCUAGGACCCCCAGGAGACCCUGGAGUUCCGGGUUUGGAUGGCAUCCCAGGGGAGAAGGGAAAUGCUGGUGAUAUCGGGGGACCGGGGCCACCUGGAGCUUCAGGGGAGCCUGGUGCCCGUGGACUCCCUGGCAAGCGGGGCUCCCCUGGCCGCAUGGGUCCAGAAGGCAGAGAAGGGGAGAAAGGCACCAAGGGAGAUGCCGGUCCUGAUGGGCCCCCAGGCAGGACAGGCCCCACUGGGGCUCGAGGGCCCCCUGGACGGAUUGGGCCUGAUGGUCUUCCAGGAAUCCCUGGUCCUGUGGGUGAACCAGGCCACCUGGGACCUCCCGGGCUGAUAGGUCCUCCAGGGCCGCUGGGUCCACCCGGCCUCCCAGGGCUGAAAGGAGAUGCUGGCCUCAAGGGGGAGAAGGGCCACAUCGGGCUAAUAGGCCUCAUUGGUCCCCCCGGGGAGGCCGGGGAGAAAGGCGAUCAGGGGUUGCCAGGAGUGCAGGGCCCGCCAGGCCCCCAGGGAGACGCUGGUCUUCCUGGUCCUGUUGGCUCAUUAGGUCACCCUGGGCCCCCAGGUGUGUUGGGCCCUCUGGGACAGAAGGGCUCCAAGGGGUCUCUGGGAUCUGUUGGUCCUCGUGGAGACCCUGGACCAGCGGGUCCUCCUGGGCCCCCGGGUCCCCCUGCUGAGCCACAUGGCCUGCGAAGGCGCCGCCGAUCCGUGUUGGACACCCCGGAAGGUGGCCUGGAGGAGGUGAUGGCCUCACUCAAUUCGCUGAGCUUGGAGCUGGAGCAGUUGCAGCGACCUCCAGGCACAGCCGAGCGCCCAGGCCUCACGUGCCACGAGCUUCACCGCAACCACCCACACCUGCCAGAUGGAGAAUACUGGAUUGACCCCAAUCAGGGCUGCGCACAAGAUGCCUUCAAGGUUUUCUGCAACUUCACGGCGGGAGGUGAGACCUGUCUCCAUCCGGACAAGAAGUUUGAGAUGGUGAAACUGGCCUCCUGGUCCAAAGAAAAGCCUGGAGGCUGGUACAGUACCUUCCGCCGAGGGAAGAAGUUCUCCUAUGUGGAUGCUGAUGGUUCCCCAGUAAACGUGGUCCAGUUGACGUUCCUGAAGCUGCUGAGUGCUGCCGCCUAUCAGAGGUUCACUUACUCCUGCCAGAACUCAGUGGCCUGGCUGGAUGAAGCUACGGGAGACUACAGGUACGCCAUCCGCUUCCGAGGGACCAACUGGGAAGAGCUGUCUUCCAACCAGACGACAGCAGCUACCGUCAAGGUCUCCCAUGAUGGCUGCCGGCUCCGGAAAGGACAGGCGAAGACCCUCUUUGAAUUCAGCUCUUCCCGUGCGGGUUUUCUGCCUCUGUGGGAUGUGGCCGCCAUUGACUUUGGCCAGACGAACCAGAAGUUUGGGUUUGAACUUGGCCCCAUCUGCUUCAUCAGCUGAAUUUUUGAGGUGGGAAGGAAGUCGAAGGGAGCCCCACAAGGGGUUGCUUGGUGCUGAGGCUUUGAGGCCGUUCUAUUGAUCACCAGGGACUCUGGAUCCAGGGUUGUGCAGCUCUGUCUGUUCUUUCCUCAGAGCUGCUGAAAGCCCCGUCACCUGCCUCUCGUCCCUCCAUCGGUGACGCCCUCUUCACCUUUUGGUGCUACCCCUUCCCAUAGUUAAGCACUGGAUACCUCCUGAUCUCUGGCUGGGACCCUUCCCCCUCAUUCCUAUUCUUUCUCUGGUACUAGGUGAAGCAAGAUCAAAGCAGGACUUCCCGCCCCUGAGAUAGAUAUGCCUUCCUUCUGCUUCCGUGACCCAGCUCUGCACAUUCUCCCCUCCCCGCUCUGCCCAACUCCUAUGUCCCCAAGCAGCCUGGGGACCAAGCUGUUGGGCACAAAUCAGGAUCCUAAAUGGUGCUGCCCUGUUCAUAACUGGGAACUGUAUGAAAAAGGGAAUGAAUGGUCUGUGGUCUAUUUAAUCUGCUUCCUGUUGAAGGAGUCUGGGAUAUGACGAGAGAUUCCAGAAGGAUCUCUACCCUCCCUCGUCCACUGUGCACCCCUCCUCCCCAGGCCACAGGGCAAAAUUGGCAUCUUAAGAAUAAACCAAGAAACU